GGGUGGGACUGAAGGAGGCUAACUUGACAGCAACGCUUCUUUCUUAGCUAGUCACCGGCCCCUGCCUCAGAAUGCCUGCCUGUGUCUAGCCACCACCGAGGUAGCUCUCCCACAGUCCCCAGGGGCCGCCCCAGCUUCCAAUAGCUAAGGAGGAGCCAUCCCAAGCCAUGAGCCCUGGUGGGAGUUUGCCAAGGGGCAAGUGGCCUGGAGUCCUCACGCUCCUUCUGCAGCUCCAGAGGGAGAGGUGAGCGCAGGGCAGCCCGCCCCAAUCAGAGGUGCCGGGACGGGCCUGUCAUGGUGGCCGCCUGCAGCCAGCCUAAGGCACUCCCAGUCGGGAUUGCAGCUGAGCCUGAUUAUCUAGAGUGGGAAGAAGAUGGGGAGUUACUUGUCCGUUCCGGCUUACUUCACCUCCAGAGACCCCUUUCGGUGUUCAGAAUGUCAGGAUUCCCUCACCAACUGGUACUACGAGAAAGAUGGGAAACUGUACUGCCACAAAGACUACUGGGGGAAGUUUGGAGAGUUCUGCCACGGGUGUUCCCUGCUCAUGACAGGGCCGGUCAUGGUGGCUGGGGAGUUUAAGUACCACCCAGAGUGCUUUGCCUGUAUGAGCUGCAAGGUGAUCAUUGAGGAUGGGGAUGCAUAUGCCCUGGUACAGCAUGCCAUGCUUUACUGUGGGAAGUGCCACAAUGAAGUGGUGCUGGCACCUAUGUUUGAGAGGCUCUCCACCGAAUCUGUUCAGGACCAGCUGCCCUACUCUGUCACACUCAUCUCCAUGCCAGCCACCACCGAGGGCCGACGGGGCUUCUCCGUGUCUGUGGACAGUGUCUGCUCCAACUACGCUACCACUGUGCAAGUAAAAGAGGUAAAUCGGAUGCACAUUAGUCCCAACAACCGUAACGCCAUUCACCCUGGGGACCGCAUCCUGGAGAUCAACGGGACCCCUGUCCGCACUCUCCGAGUAGAGGAGGUGGAAGAUGCAAUUAGCCAGACCAGCCAGACACUUCAGCUGUUAAUUGAACAUGACCCCGUCCCCCAGCGCCUGGACCAGCUGCGGCUAGAUGCCCGGCUCUCUCCCCACAUGCAGAAUGCCGGACAAUCGCACACCCUCAGCACUCUGGACACCAAGGAGAAUCUGGAGGGAACACUGAGGAGACGCUCCCUGAGGCGCAGUAACAGCAUCUCCAAGUCCCCUGGCCCCAGCUCCCCCAAAGAGCCCCUGCUUCUCAGCCGAGACAUCAGCCGCUCAGAGUCCCUCCGCUGCUCCAGCAGCUACUCCCAACAGAUCUUCCGGCCAUGUGACCUGAUCCAUGGGGAGGUCCUGGGGAAGGGCUUCUUUGGGCAGGCCAUCAAGGUGACACACAAGGCCACGGGCAAAGUGAUGGUCAUGAAGGAGUUAAUUCGAUGUGAUGAAGAGACACAGAAGACUUUCCUGACUGAGGUGAAAGUGAUGCGUAGCCUGGACCAUCCCAAUGUGCUCAAGUUCAUUGGUGUCCUAUAUAAGGACAAGAAGCUGAACCUGCUGACAGAGUACAUCGAGGGGGGUACCUUGAAGGACUUCCUGCGCAGUGUGGACCCGUUCCCCUGGCAACAGAAGGUCAGGUUCGCCAAAGGCAUCGCUUCAGGAAUGGCCUAUUUGCACUCCAUGUGCAUCAUCCACCGGGAUCUGAACUCACACAACUGCCUCAUCAAGUUGGACAAGACUGUAGUGGUGGCAGAUUUUGGGUUGUCACGGCUCAUAGUGGAAGAGAGGAAAAGGCCCCCAGUGGAGAAGGCCACCACGAAGAAGCGCACCUUACGCAAGAAUGACCGCAAGAAGCGUUACACGGUGGUGGGAAACCCCUACUGGAUGGCUCCUGAGAUGCUGAAUGGAAAGAGCUACGAUGAAACCGUGGAUGUCUUCUCUUUCGGGAUUGUACUCUGUGAGAUCAUUGGGCAGGUAUAUGCAGAUCCUGAUUGCUUACCCCGCACACUGGACUUUGGCCUCAACGUGAAGCUUUUCUGGGAGAAGUUUGUCCCAACAGACUGUCCUCCUGCCUUCUUCCCCUUGGCCGCUAUCUGCUGCAAACUGGAGCCUGAGAGCCGACCAGCAUUUUCCAAACUGGAGGACUCCUUUGAGGCCCUCUCCCUGUACCUAGGAGAGCUGGGCAUCCCACUGCCCGCAGAGCUGGAAGAGCUGGACCACACUGUGAGCCUGCAAUACGGCCUGACCCGGGACUCACCCCCCUAACCCUGGCCCAGCCCCCUGCAGGGGGGCCUUCCACAGCCAGCAUUGCCCCCUCUGCGCCCUGGCCCUGCUUGUGAACAGGGCUUUCCCGGGCUUCCUGUGUUCCUGUGGAUUGGUGGCACAUUCCAAGGCACAAUGAGCCAUCCCUACUACCUCCCCAGGAGGCGAGCGGGCGCAGCGCCAGCAAAAUGUAUCUCCCCCCGACAUUUGGGUGGCCUGGUUACUGUUGAUAAAUCCAACACUCACCUGAAAGCUGUGAAGAUAUAAACUACGAACCUGAACUCGGGGGCCAGGAGGAAUCUGUUACUUGGCCCUACCUGGGACCCCUGGCUUACACUAAUCAACGUGACCUGGGCCUGCUGGGCAGGACCCCGGGGGAGCCUGCCUGUAGCCUCUAAUGACUGGUUUAGCGGGACUUCAGUUGGGAUUGUGGCCAAGAGAAAGACUGGUGACCCACUUGCACUCAAGAAGUUUCAAUGACAGUCGAUCCCACUUCCCGGAGCAGAGGUGGAGGGAAUAGGUUUUGAAGCCUCUUAGUGUAUAGUGGGACCCACCAGCAAUCGAGGCUGUUUAUCCACUUGCCUGGGGGUGGCUCCAGCCAGCCCAGGGACCACACCAAUGUGAGCAGGAAGUUUGCACUUCGCCUUCUCAGCCUCUACUGGAGAUCAGCCAGAACUAGGCGACAUCUUCUUUUGUCUCAACAAGAAGAUGGGAAGAAAGAGGCUCUGCCUUCUAAAAAUAGCAUCUUCUAGCUGCUGCCACUCAUACUCUGAUGGGCUUAGCCAAAAGGCCGAAAUACUGCCUAGAGCUAGAUGGAAUCUGCGGACUGUGGCCUGUUGCAGGCCUAGGUUCUAAGGGAAAGGAGGCUCAGAAAUCUCUUGCCCACCUCCCUGUAGCAGCCACUGCUCAUCCUCCAACACACCUGCUCUAGACAGCAACAUGGAUUGAGAAAACGUGGUGAGACAGAGUCCCAGAGCCGAGGGGCUGAAAGGGAACAGCUCCCUGAGCUGGACCACUGGCUUCUACCUCCCUUGUUAGCUGGCCCAGCUCAUAGCUCCUGGCUUACAGACUUCUGAGCCACACCUCGGGGCCACGGGCAUUGGAAAACCUGGGGACGCUUCCCACCUUGAUCCCCAGACCUCCAGAGACUCCAUAGGACACCUCAAUUUGCCUAAAUGUCUCUGGGAUUACACCCUAUUUAACAAAUUGGGAAUGGGUUCGGGUUAUAAAUGCAAUGUGUGGUGGUUGUAUUGGGGGGAGGUGGGGGAGUGAUCCGGGAGAAUGGUUGCUGUUAAUAUUACCUUCUUAUAUCUAUUGGGUGGUAUGUGAAAUAUUGUACAUAGACUGGAUGAGUUAUGAAGUGGGUGGUUAUCUCUGGCCAGAGUUUACUUGCUGUGUAGCCUGUACUUACAUGUGGACUUUGCACGCUUGCUGUAGGGUUGAAUCCUAGGCUCCUGGCAACAGCAUGGUUCAGCAUCCUGUGGCUGCUUGUGUUUCAGCUGUCCCCAGCAAGCGUGGGAGUGGCAGGCCCGAGCCCGGCUAUUGAUUAGACUAAAUAAAUUAAGCAGUUAACA